GUAGGCGAGUAAUCGAUAGAUGUUUCGAGUAAGUCUGAAAACAAAGAAUGUGCUCUGGAUACUUGCCAUUGAUUCCCCUUUGUAGUUUCUCAUUUGGCUGAAGAUGACAAACUUUUGCAAUGUUUUAUUGAACGCGAUUUUUCAGCGGGAAUGUAAUUUUGCGGAUCGACAAAUAUCCUCAAAAUCAAUUAAGAUAUACGUUCCUAGCCAAUUCCUACUUUUUUUCUUUUUUUUAUCUACAGAGAGAUUUUUGAAAGAAUAAUAAACUAACCGAUGUAGCCAUCCUUAAAAAAUUUUCUUCAGCUCUUAUUUAAAAUGCGUUCUUGAAUGAAUUUGUCAACCAGAUGGACACCUUUCAUGGGGUUAAUUGAUGGAAGGCAUACCCUCCAAAUUUCAAGACGGUGUAUAUGUAUAAAUAUGUAAAAGUCUCGAAGGACAGUUCGUUCAACCAAUUUAAAAGGAAUAGGAAGCAUUUAGGAAGCCUUUAGUGUUGAUGAUAUAGAGAAUUAUUAGAUUUAACUGUUUCUUGGCCAGCUGGUUGCUGUGAAGAAGUAUUAUCCCGUGUUGUCAGCAGUUCCAAAUAACCGCAGCAGAAGGAGGUAAACCGUUUUAAGAGCUGCACAAUGAUUGCGACGACAAACUCAACAGAAAGUGGAACACAGACGAAAGCAUAUGAAGUAUUGCGAUGCUCCCCCUCUUUGGUAGUUGGGUUACAACAACAAUUGAUUUCUUUCUCAGCAGUUAACAUUUUCCUCUCCAUCGCAGCACUUCUUGGAAAUUUUCUAAUCCUUGUUGCCCUAAAACAGGAAUCUUCCCUUUAUCCACCGUCCAAACUCUUGUAUCGUUGUCUGGCAACAACUGAUUUGUUGGUUGGUCUUGUUACUCAGCCUCUCGCUGCUACUUAUUGGAUGUCCGUGGUUUGCGAACACUGGAGUCUUUGUCGAUACGCAAGGGACGCAGCCUACAUGUCAAGCUAUGUAUUAUGUUCAGUGUCUUUGUCGACGUUAACGGCCAUAAGCGUGGACAGACUUCUCGCUCUGUUGUUGGGAAUAAGAUUCAGACAAAUAGUAACUUUAAAGCGUAUGUAUAUCAUUACAGCUACUUUUUGGACUUUAUCCGUCGCCGCUGGAUCAAUUUCCAUUUCACAUUUUCGAAUAACCCGUUUGUAUGGUAUUAUCGUUAUACCUUCAUGCUCAGUGAUUUCAAUCGCCUCGUACACAAACAUAUUUCGCACUCUUAGAAAACAUCAGGCUCAAAUACAUGAUAAUGUUCGACAACAGCAGAGCCAACCAAAUGCGCUGAAUAUGGCAAGAUACAAGAAGGCAGUAAACGCUGCACUAUGGGUGCAGAUAGCAUUAGCUGUUUGCUAUGUACCAAAAUUUAUAGUACUUCUUGUGAUCACUCACAGAAAAAUUUAUUCUUCUCAUGCAGUGGUUAUAAAUGCAACUGCAACAAUUUUAGUGUAUUUUAAUUCCACUUUGAACCCGUUUCUUUAUUGCUGGAAAAUCAGAGAAGUGAGACGAGCGGUAAAGCAGACAAUCCGACAAGCACUUUGCUUUCCAUGGACUUAGUUAUAUUUUCUCAGAGUCGGUCAGCAUCUAUUGUGUUUUGGAUGCUCUAGUGUUUGC